UUACGGUGUGUUGUUGGAAUGGUCGGGUGUUGGAUGGUGAGUUUCGUAUACAUGUUAGUUUUCUCUAUGGUGUUAGUACUAUUUGUGACAGAUGUGCAGUCCGAGUACCGAACUCCCAGGGAGUACCCUUUUUCAUGGACUUUUCAUGCAGCCCGAGUACCGAACUUUCUCCAGAAAGUGAUCCUCAUUACAUCAGAGCAUCUGCAGUUCCUUUUUUCUGAUCCGCAAGUUACCUCUGGCUUUCGCCUAAAAAUGUUGUCUGCAGAACUUCGAGCUCAAGCAGAGAAGUUCAUCUCUCUUUUACGAGCAAAUCCCGCAUUGCUUCACACUCCAGAUUUUAAAUUUGUGAAGGACUUUAUCGAGUCUUUUGGUGGCACUGUGCCUGCUGCACCUCCUCCAAGCUUCAAACCACCUACUGAUGGUAAACCUGAAGAGCCAGUCCCUCCUGCAGAACCAGAACCAGAAAGUGAAGAGAGUGAAGUGGAGUUAGAUACAACAGGCGUAAUUGAGGAUACAGAAGUUCCAGAGCCUUUAGAAGAAGUGAACCCUGAGGCAGAAAUCUCAGAAGAAAACUUGGAGGCCUCAAACGCCAAAAAGCAAGAAGCCAUCACUGCUCUUGGUGAAAACAAUAUAGAAACUGCCAUAGAAUUAUUCACGGAAGCUAUCAAAUUAAAUCCAGUCUCGGCCCUCUUGUAUGCAAAGCGCGGGCAGUGCUACCUAAAAAUCAACAAGCUCAAUAGCUGUGUGCGCGACUGUUCGUUUGCGCUGAAAAUAAACCCUAACAGUGCGCCAGCUUACAAGUUCCGUGGCCGUGCAAAUGCUAAACUAGGGAAGUGGCUAGAGGCAGCCAGUGAUCUAAGAAAUGCCUGCAAAAUAGACUUUGAUGAAACAGCAGAUGAAUGGCUGAAAGAAGUCACACCAAAUGCCAGGAAAAUUGAGGAACAUACCCGAAAGUAUGAGCGUAGAAGGGCUGAAAAAGAAUUUCGAGAAAAACAAGAGCGCAUCCGCAAAGCAAGAGAAGAGCAUGCAAAAGCAGCGGAAAGGAGUAAAGAAUCAUCUGCACCUUUCGAAGGAGAAGGAGAGGAAGGAUUUCCUUUCAACGACUUCCUAGGAACCAUGAUGGAUCCCGAAAUGCGAGAAAUGAUGAAAGAUCCAGAAGUAGCAGCAGCCUUCCAAGACAUUAGCUCAAAUCCAAUGAAUGCCAUGAAGUAUCAGAGCAACCCUAAAAUAGUCAAACUUACGCAGAAAUUAGCUGCUAAAUUUGCUGGAGGAAUGCCAGGUGGCAUGCCUGGUAUGCCUGGAGGAAUGCCAGGUUUUGGUGGUCCUGGAGGUCCUUUCGGUGGGGCGGGUGGCACUCCACCCUCUGCUCCGUCUCCGAAUUUCUCAGAUGACGUAGGAUUAGAUUAAGUUGCUGCUGUUCUGGGACUAAAUCAUGCUUGUUUUCUGUGUAAAUACACCUUUUUCUCUAGUAUAAGGAUGAUCAUUUUAGCUUUUCUUUGGAACUAGGUCCAAUUAAUGUUUUUCACAACUUUUUGAAAAAAGUUUUGAAACCUGUUGAAAGUAAAUUCAGUUCAGAUCAGAAAAAUGGAGUUGUCCUCAUAGAAGUUCUGAAGUAAAUCUUUUUAAAGACUGGUGUAAAUAAGAUAUUCUUGAUAACUGGAGUUCAAUGUUUUUUAAAUUAAUGGUUGAUCCAAUUCGAUGAUUUUAAAGUGGUAUUUUGUUUUUGUCUAAUUUUACUUAUUUUUUCUUUUAUAUCGUUUACAUUUAGUGUUUGUAUGAAUGCAUUGAUUGGUUUAACAAGGGUUUUUCUUCUAUCGAGUAUUUAGAAGUAAUUUUACUUAUUCAGCUUUUAUAGAGUUUUAAAGAAAAAUUUGCUAGGAGAUAACAGAAAGAAAAAAAAUUGACAAAAAUUCACACACCAUCUAAAAAUAGGAGUACAUAUAAAUUUUUAAAAUCAUGAUCAAAUUUUCCUCAAUUAAAUGUUCGAAUCACUCUCUUUUUUCAUUUUUUAUUUUUUCCCUAAGAUCAAAAACACUUGAAAUAUCGACUGUUGGAAGCAUCCUCUGGUUCAGGAACAACACUCAAAAGAAAAGUUUUCUAACUACGCAAAUACCACAAAUUUGUAUUUAUUUAUUUUUUGUUGUUGUUGUUGUUGUAUUAUACACACUGUUGCGAUUCUAAAACUAUGUUGAAAGAUGUGCUCUUAGCAGUCUUCAUUCAGAGGUACCAGAAUUUUUCAUUUUCAAACUAAAUAAAAUAAAAUCUGUGUCAAAUCCUAAUCGUUAUCCUAAUCAGUAUUUAAUACUUAGCCACAAGCCAUUCAUCCCUGAAUACCAAUGAUCUUUUGUUUGAGGCAAGCAUUCGCAAUGAGACAAAUUAUACGAUUAAAUUUGAGCAUUUUUAGACUGAUGCUUUCAUUAUAAUCACUCUUUUCCAUUAUGAAGAUUGAACUAUGAUUGUACACUCUGUUUUUGGUCAAAAACAUUGGACAAGAUAAUUAUUCUUGCAUUAAUAAGAGUUGCUAUGAUUCGAAAGGAGACCUUUUUUGAUUCUUUAAGCUGAACUGUUUACCUCACCAAUCUCUCGUAAUUUACCUCGACUGAUAAUUAUUAUGUGAUGCAUUUUGGGAUGGAAAGACGUUAACACAGCUGCUCUUAAUACCAACACCAUUUAUUCAUUUUUGAUUUUAUUGUGCAAUUUUACUACAAUGCUGAUUUUGUAGUUGUCGUUAUUUGAUAAGUUUUUUUAAGAUGAAAUACAUCAUCAGUAAAUACCAUCCAA